AUGAUUAGGAAACCAGCCGCUUCCCGUGGUAGGAAUAUGACUUACCCUUUUUAUUGUGUGCAGAUGGCUAAUCGCGGGACAGGUGAUGAUGGACGAGGUCGGAUAUGGGGAGAGGGUAUGGAUUGGACAGGCGGAGGAUUGGGUCACAGAUCAGAUCAGGAUAAUGGAAAUGGCAUUAGUGAGAUGUUUGGACACGAUAGGAGCCCUCUGCAGAGAACAAGAUCUUUUCCUGUUUACGGUAACAGGACUAGAGUGAGAGAUGACAGUUUGGCGAGUAUUGGCCCAAGUCAUAAUUGGGACCAGAGACAUCAACAUAAUCAAUCCGUUCAAUCAAACCCAAGGCCAGAUCAGAACCAUGCCACCGAAAGACCACAAGAUCAUGGAACCGAAAACACCUUGAAGCUUUUACAUGACGUGAUGACCGAGGCACUUGGUAACCAAGGCAGGUGUACUCAACCCCCUGAAGUUUCCAAGCUAUUAUCUACCAUGAAGAACAUUGGAUCCUACAAGUUCAAAGGAGGAUCCGAUCCUAUUGAGGCCGACAAGUGGAUUACUAUGAUGGAGAAGAAUUUUGAAGCCAUGGAGUGCCCGGAGGAGUAUAAGAAGAAGAUCGCUGUGUACUACUUGGAAGGCGACGCCACAGGAUGGUGGGACAGCAUAGACAGACAGCGUGGACACAACAUCACAUCAUGGGAGUCGUUCAAGGGAGAGUUUGAGAGGAAAUACUUUCCUCCAGAAGCAAAGCAUCGAUUGGAGCGCCAGUUCAUGAACCUUGUUCAAGGAGAUAGGCCAGUGAGGAGUUACGAAUCUGAGUUCACAAGGUUGAGGCGACAUGUCUUUGAUGGGCGUGAAGAUGAAGCAACUAUGAUCCGUAACUUUAUGUACGGAUUGAAGCCGGAGCUUGGAAGUCGUUUAGCUGGAAGCAACUUUAGCAGCUUAUCUGAGCUAGUGGAAAAAGCUGUUAAUGUUGAAACUGUAUUGGAGGCUGAAAGGAAGACCUUACCACAUUCUGGUGGACACACCAAGUUUAGCCAAGGAGAAAGGCCAAAUUUCAACAAGGGUCCAAGAUCUUACAAAGGAAAAGGGCGAGGAUUUGGAGGCCAAGCCAACAAUCGUGGUAACACUGUGGUGUGUUACAUAUGUGAUCAACCGGGACAUAUUUCUAAGUUUUGUCCCAACAGACAACGGAGUAACCAGCAGGGUUAUUCAUCUAUAAGGAUGGAAGAUGUUACUUGUUUCUCUUGCGGUAUGAAGGGCCAUUAUGCAUCGUCAUGUCCAAACAAGCCAAUCCCUGCGACCCCUCUCGCAAUCCGAGCUCCUCCUAGCCGUCCAGCUAUUGAGCCAGCACCAAAGAAGCAAAACCUAGGAGGUAGAGUUUAUGCCUUAGGUGUAGAAAACCCAGACAAUGCAGGACCGUCAAGCGGUCCCAUCACAGGAACCAUACAUGUUGCUGGUAAACCCACACAUGAUAGACGUGGCCGUUUGACCCCCGCAGACCGAACCCUUCAAGCAAAUCAGUGUAUCAAGAAUGUUCCAUUGGUCAUUCAAGGCAAAGAAUUUGUGGCAGAUCUGUUUGUCGUGCCUUUAAAAGGGUACGAGGUAAUCCUUGGAAUGGAUUGGUUAUCGAGCUACGGAGUUCAGAUCGACUGUGGAAAGGGAAGGUUGUUGUUCGGCAGAGGUAAACGACCAGAGAUGACGGGGAUGAUGUAUUUGGUGACCUUAUCGGUUAGUGGAGGAGCCACUAAUGAUGAAGUUAAGGUCGAAGACAUAGAAGUGGUCCAAGAGUUUGAGGAUAUCUUUGCACCACUAAAGGAAUUACCUCCACCUCGGAGUAAUCCCUUUACCAUUACUUUGGAGCCUGAAGCAAAACCUAUAGCUAAGGCACCAUAUCGGAUGGCACCUGCGGAAUUAGCCGAGCUAAAGAAACAAUUGGAAGAUCUAUUGGAAAAGGGAUUCAUCCGGUCGAGCUCUUCACCUUGGGGAGCUCCUGUGUUAUUUGUGAAGAAGAAGGACGGAAGCAUGAGGUUGUGUAUCGAUUAUCGUGGUAUCAACAACAUCACGAUAAAAGAUAAGUAUCCUCUUCCGAGGAUAGACGAGUUGUUAGACCAACUAAAGGGAGCUAGUUGGUUUUCGAAGAUUGAUUUGGCAUCAGGGUAUCACCAAAUUCCUAUUGCCAAGUCAGACAUUAUGAAGACGGCGUUUCGGACGAGGUAUGGGCAGUACGAGUUUGUAGUUAUGCCCUUUGGUCUCACAAACGCACCUGCGGCUUUCAUGCGUUUGAUGAAUGAAGUGUUUCACGACUAUCUCGACAAGUUCGUGAUCAUUUUCAUUGAUGACAUCCUGGUGUACUCGAGAAGUAAGGAGAGCACAAAGAGCAUCUGA